UAACAAGCAUGGAGGCCCUUGUAUGCAGGAAGAUAGGUGACCCGACAGAGGCUCCAAACUCAUCGGAGAACUCUGCUUUCGCUCUAGAAAUCUCUCAUCCAAUCCCAGGACUGGAUUGGUCGACUGCCGUAAGAGUGAGAGUCAAAGCUACGAGCUUGAACUACGCCACUCACCUUCAGAUUCUUGGUAAGUACCAAGACAAACCUCCUUUGCCCUUUAUCCCAGGUUCCGAUUAUUCCGGAAUCGUCGAUUCAAUCGGUCCUAAGGUAUCCAAGUUCAAAGUCGGCGAUCCUGUCUGUUCUUUUGCUCCCCAAGGAAGUUUCGCACAAUUCAUCGUCGUCGAUGAGACUCACUUGCUUCCCGUACCUGAUGGAUGUGAUUUGGUUGCUGCUGGUGCACUUCCUGCUGUCUAUGGAACAUCACAUGUGGCCCUUACUCAUAGGGCUAAUUUAAGGCCGGGCCAGGUUUUGCUAGUUCUUGGUGCAGCAGGAGGUGUUGGUGUUUCAGCUGUACAAAUUGGAAAAGCUUGUGGUGCAGUUGUCAUUGCUGUUGCUAGGGGAUAUGAAAAGAUACAAUUUUUGAAGUCUCUAGGUGUUGAUUUUGUUGUUGACUCAAGCAAAAGUGAUAUUAUUGUAAGCAUCAAGGGAUUCCUUAAUGAAAGAAAUCUCAAAGGAGUUGAUGUUUUGUAUGACCCAGUUGGUGGUAAGCUCGCAAAAGAUUCAAUGAAAGUAUUGAAGUGGGGAGCCCAAAUUUUGGUCAUAGGUUUUGCAAGUGGAGAAGUUCCUGUUAUUCCUGCAAAUAUUGCUCUUGUAAAGAAUUGGACUAUACAUGGACUUCACUGGGGACAUAGUCAUAGAAUUCAUCAACCAGCUGUGUUGGAGGAUUCUCUGAAGGAGCUAUUGUCUUGGUUUGCAACAGGCAAAAUAUCCAUUAAUAUCUACAAGGCUUAUAGCCUCAAGGAGGCCAACCUUGCAUUUUCUGCUAUAAGGGACAGGAAAGUGAUAGGAAAGGUGGUGAUCAUUUGUGACAACAAAGGUGCAAAUUCCAAGCUUUAAUGUGUUGGAGAAGUUGGCUC